CCUGUGUGCGGUACGGACGGAAUGACCUACAAUUCAAGGUGUGAGCUGAAGAAAGCUAAGAAAUGUGACGGUCGCAAGGUGAAGGUCAGAAUGAAAGGACCUUGCCCAGGAGCCCUGGCGGCAAUUGAACGGAAGAAAAAUGACGAAGUUUUUGUACCAGCUUGUAAUGAUGACGGAACAUUCGCUGAAGUCCAGUGCCAUUCUGAAACCGGUUAUUGUUGGUGUUUUACCAAAGAUGGUCGACAUAUUCCAGGAACUUCUGUCAGUGGAAAAAGACCUAGAUGCAGAGAUACAAUGAAAACAAGUCGUAAUGUCAGAUUGUUAUCUAAAUGGAAAAGUUACAAUUUGUACAACACUGUCAACAUUCAGAAGCAAAUUGUCGACUGGAAAUUCUCAGAACUGGACAGAAACAAUGAUGGAUUACUGAGAUUUAAAGAAAUACGAUCGUUUGCACGGAUGGUUCGCAAACUGAUCAAACCUCGUUCCUGUGCCAAAAGAUUCUUAAAAUAUUGUGAUUCUGAUGGAAAUAAAAGGAUUGAGAAGAAAGAAUGGACUCUGUGUCUCGGCGUUGAUCUUAAAUUUUCAUUUCAAUUGUUCGUCUCUCUGAACUCAGAUGGCCAGGCGGAAGAUUCACCGUUAGAUGUCGUGGGAAGAAAUGAAGAAUCCCGAAGUUGUAUGGAUGAACAAAAAGUAGCUAAAUUAAACCAUCGUAAUGAACCACAAGCUAAUAUCUAUAUACCGCGAUGUACGGAAGAUGGAAACUGGGAUAAAGCUCAGUGCCAUGAGGCCACCCAGUAUUGCUGGUGCGUGGAGACCGUUAAGGGUACCCCCAUACCGGGUACCUCCACCUAUAAACAGGAACCCAACUGUACCAUGCAACCUGAACGGGAAAUGAAAGGUUGUCCGUUUCAACAGAAGAGAAAAUUUCUGAUGGAUUUGAUGUCGGACCUGGCCGCGGAAAUGGCUAAAAUUAGAGGCAAUAAUAGCAUUAAUACAAUUGCUCAAUGGAAGUUGUCUCGAGAGAAAGUGGCGGAAUGGAAACUGGAUCAUCUAGACACCAACAGAAAUAGGGUAAAUACUUCAAAUAUCAUGAAGGAAAUUUUAUGGUCGUUAUGGAGAACUUGA